GUGAUUGGUCAAUGUUCCUUUAAAUUCUACGGUUUCUCUUCUGCCUAUGAUUAAGUGGCCCUUCCCCAGGCACAAAACACAUAAGGCUUUUUAUGAUUAUGUAUAAAAAACUAGAAUACAUUUAAAUGCUGUGACUUCACUACGGUUUGUGGGAAGGAGUAGGCCAGCCUAUUGUUUAGGUUUAAAUCCCCCCAAAUAAAGCUGCUGUUUUUGUUUGGCAGAAAUAAGAGAAGAAAUCAGUAAAUAGAUUCAUCCCACCAGCAGCAAACAACAACUUAGUAGACUACAGACUGAGAACACGGUGUUUCCGAAUAACCGUGAAGGAAAUAGGAGAAAGUAUCUGACAUACACAUAAAAUGUGCGCACUUUUCAUCAUCUUUGGCCAAGAUUAGGAAUCCGCGUAUCCCACUGCGAUCCCAAGUGCAGCCAGAACAAUAAACACCUGAACACUCGCCAGGCCCACUGCUCUCAGGCGCACACCCACUACACGCGUUCUAUUUAGGGUUCCUCCUCUACAAACAAUUACCGGAGCACAGUAGGUAACUUUAGUUUUGUGCUGACCUGCUUUCUUUCCCACUGGCAACGCCAACGUGUCCCCGUUACCGAUCUCGUCCGCCAUAUUCUUCCCAACCAAGAAGCAGCCGGCACCGUACGCACGAUAAACAGCGCCUGGCAACUGCGUGGAGAGCGCGUAAGCGUACACCCCCCCAACUCUCGCGAGAUCCGGGACCAUGCAUGGAUUCUUUGGCCAACUCGCGCGCGAUGACAAGAAGCCUGCGCUCCUUAUUCAAAACAAACCAAGCUUUAUUGUGCUUACUCGGAAACGAACACAUCGGGCCGAUGCAACUUAUUCAAGAUUGGUAUUUUUCAGGCUGCUGCUGGAGAAGUUAAAACUGGUGAAGAUGCCUCCUCGAAAGAGAAGAAAGAGCCACUUUGAUGAAAGUGAAACUCCUACACUGCCUAAUGAAGAGGAGAGACCUGGUAAUUCCAGCAUGGGGCACAGAGGCCAGAAUCGUACUGAGAAGAAGCAAGCCAUUAGGGAUCACUUCAUUGUCAUCUCUGAUAGCGAGGGAGAGGAGGAAAAUACAUAUAGAUUGGAGAAAAACAUUGCCCAUCCAGAUCGAAGAAGGACAUCUGUAAAGAGGAAAAUAGCACAGAUGACCGAGGAAGAACAGCUGGCCCUUGCAGUGAGGAUGAGCGAGCAAGAAGCAAACCAUGUAAAUUAUAGCCAGGAAGAAGAAGAAGAACUCUUGAGAAAGGCUAUUGAAGAGAGUCUACAUAGCUGCACAGUUUCUGAGCCUUGCAAAGCAACCACACAGCAGAAUACAGACCCCUUACAUUCCAGUAAAGAAACUCUUGCUGCAGAAGACCAUUCUGAAAAGCAACCCCUAUUUCAGAACGUUACCCUUUCUGAACCAUCCAACAACAUAACAGUACAACAGGUAUCUAAAGAGGCGCUGACUAUGAAAGAGCCCGUUAAAUCUCAAGAACUUGCUGAAGAGCAGCCCUUUUCUCAAGCAUCUGCCCUUUCUGAGUUUACAAAGGGAGUCACAGCACAACAGGUAGAUGAGGAAGCACAUUCCAUUCAGAAGACAGUUUUUACGGGAGAUGUUGUUGAAGAGGGACUUCUUACCCAAAUCUUUACUGUUUCUGAAACUCCCCUGAGCUCAGGACAACAGACAAGCAACGAGGCAUUCAAUUCACCUUUCGUCACAAAGGAGGUUGCUGAAGAGGAGUCUCUUUCCCAAUACUCUGCUAUCUCUAGUCAAAGUAGACCUAAAUGCCCAGUGGUGAGGCUGAUGCGGCUAAGUCAGGAUAUUGUGGAAAGCUCUAGUGUAAUUUUGUCACCAAAAUGUAGGGAUCCUUUUUCAGAGAUGGAAAGUGGAACAGCAUCAUCCUGUCCAAGUAACAGCAGUGAGUUUGUUUCCUUGUUCUCUAAUAAAGCACUUGCAUUAAGUCCCGUCUUUCCUAAACGGUCCCCUUGCAGGCUGGGCUUGACUCCUCGCAGACUCUUUCAAGGAGAGAACUUAACUUCUGAUCCAAUGGUACAGGAAAUAGAUGAUCAAUGCUCACACUCUUCAGAGAGUGCUGAGCUUGAUAGUACCAUGUUGCCCUAUUCACUCCAGGCUGAAACAUUUAAGGAUAAAACUGCAACAAAUUUUGUGAGAUUGGAAGAAAAGAAUACAUUAUUUAACGGGGACACCACAGGAAUGCAGACUGGAGAUAGUAGUAGAGGUCUGGACUCUAAGGGACAAACUGGCAGUACUGUACACUAUUAUUGGGGAGUGCCAUUUUGUCCAAAAGGGGAGGACCCAAAUCUAUACACUCAGGUAAUACUCUGUCAACUAGAGGUGUAUGAGAAAAGCUUGAAGAAAGCUCAGAGCAAACUUUUGCAAAAGAUGAAUUUUGGAGAACCAGUACACUUGUCUGCUCCGCCUUUACGUCGUAGUGAGAGGGGAAAAUCAGACAGCCAGGACAGCUUAAACCAAGAAUCUGAGGAUUUAAAAGAUGAUGAUACACCAAGGCCAGUAGAUAACGAGGAAGAGGAUUCCGAGAAGCAACUGAACCAAUGUGUUUCAAGCAGGCAGCCUUCAGAAAGUUUAGUGCAAGGCCCUCCUGAAGAGAGUUCCUUUCCGGCACAGGAUGAGGAAGAUAAAAACUCACAGACCCUGCUUUCCGACACAGUUCCAGGUGCAGGAACGGAUCUGGAGCCAGUCUCUUGUGAGAAUUUAGUGACCCCAACUUCUAACAUAAACAGCAAUAACGAUGUUGUGCAAACUGAAGAUGGUGAGGAAGAAGAAGAGUUAACAGUUUGUCCAGAGACCCAGCCUAGCCCUGAAAGAGCAAGGACAGUCGUUGCGGAGGCGGCAGAUUUGACAGAGGGAUAUUCGCUCUCCCAGUCUAGUGUGCCACCUUCUGAGGAGAAUAUACCUAUGGAAUCUGAGCGUCCCCAAGACGUGGAAUGUCCACUGUGCGGGCAGCAAUUUACCCCAUCCCAGAUUGAGCUGCAUGCUGCAUACUGUGAUGGCACUAAUAAGAGUGACGAGCAGGAAACGAUUGUGCUUAGAAGGGCGCCUAGACUACCAAGGAAGAACCUUACUGAUCCAGAUGACCUCCCAUCUGUGGAAUCUGGCAAGCAUGAGACAUGCUACAUAUGCAAAACACUGGUGUCAUUGAAGGAUUACCAGAACCAUGUGGAUAACUGCCUUCAGACUGCUGCACGGGAGACCCAGAGAAACCGAACACUCAGGAGCACAAAGGAAACUUCAGGACAAGAUGGCAGACUUCUGAGCAUGCUAGAACAGACAGAGUCUGUAUCCACAGAAUCCCACAGCAAUGCCCAAGAGUUUGGCCGUAACAGUUUCUCCCCUCCAAGAGACGACGAGAGUGCUGUUAUGAGCAGCUUUAGUGAAUCUCCUAUCAAAUCUUUUAUCUCCAUUUCUGAGGCUAAAGAUUGCCUUGUGGACUUUAAGAAGCAGUUUAGCCACAAGCCAAGUAGAAGAGGCACCAGGCAGAUUUCAAGAGGUAGACGAAGAAGGCUUUGAUAUUGCUGAUAUAUAUGGACUGGACUGAGCACAUUAUAAGUCCUGUUACAGGAAAAGUAUUUUUCAUUUAGGACAGAACUGUUGUCUUUUUUUUGUGAUCUUAAGAUAUGUCCAUGAUAAACUAAUAAUACACAUGAUUAUUUAACAAAUCCAUUUUUUUUAUUACAAAUAGCAUAUAUGAUGAAAUUCACUGAAAGGAUUUUCUUUUAUCUGGCACACACUAUCUCUCAAGCCAAGAGUUUUUGUGCCUAUUAUUCCUGAUGAAUUAUAUUUCAUUUGCAUUCUGUUAGGUGGGGCAAGGGCAAAGUCUUUGCAUUGCAUGUGUUACAUGUUGCCAGUGGGAGGACCACUCCAUUUAUAAAAUUAUAUAGAUAUUUUAUUUAUCAUUUAUCAGAAGUUUUUCCUUUUUCAGUUGUGAAAUUAAGGCACUGAUGUUCAUGGCUUUUUUUAAAGUCAAUAUAAAGGUUUUUUUUUUUUUUUGUACUUGUGCCUAUUUAUUAUUUUUUCUCAUUCCUAAGCUUACUGUACUAUGGGAAAAAUAGGAGAUCUGAAGGUUUUCCACCCAGUGGGCAAGCAUGAGGUAUUUAUUUGUAAAAAAAAAAAAAAAAAAAAAAAGUAGAAUAUAAUGUGUAUGGGAGAAA